UCUACUUGUGCAUGAGAAGAAAGAAGCAGUUGACCUCACCCAAUAUAUUCUUCAGAGGCAAUGCCACUUGCUUUGCAUAUGGACAGACAGGUGCUGGAAAGACCUACACCAUGAUAGGAACUCAUCAGAACCCGGGACUGUAUGCUCUGGCUGCCAAAGAUAUCUUCAAGCAAUUAGAGAUAUCACAGCCAAGAAAGCAUCUCUUUGUCUGGAUCAGCUUCUAUGAAAUCUACUGUGGACAGCUUUAUGACCUCCUAAAUAGAAGAAAAAGGCUCUUCGCAAGAGAAGAUAGCAAGCACAUUGUACAGAUAGUGGGACUGCGAGAACUUCAGGUGGAUAGUGUGGAGCUCCUCUUAGAGGUAAUCAUAAAGGGCAGCAAGGAACGCAGCACUGGGGCCACUGGAGUUAAUGCAGACUCCUCUCGCUCCCAUGCUAUCAUCCAAAUUCAGAUCAAAGAUUCAGUCAAGAGGACAUUUGGCAGGAUCUCUUUUAUUGACUUGGCUGGCAGUGAAAGAGCAGCAGAUGCCAGGGACUCAGACAGACAGACAAAGAUGGAAGGUGCAGAAAUAAACCAGAGUCUUCUAGCUCUGAAGGAAUGUAUCCGAGCACUGGAUCAGGAACACACCCAUACUCCCUUCAGGCAAAGCAAAUUAACUCAGGUCCUGAAGGACUCUUUCAUUGGCAAUGCCAAAACCUGCAUGAUUGCCAAUAUCUCACCAAGCCACAUGGCCACUGAACACACUCUAAAUACUUUGCGCUAUGCUGACCGGGUCAAGGAACUUAAAAAAGGCAUUAAGUGUUACACUUCAGCUACCAGUCGAAAUCGGACAUCUGGAAACUCCUCUCCAAAACGAAUUCAGAGCUCCCCUGUGGCCCUGCCAGGGGACAAGUGUUCUCCCAAGAAAGUAAAGCUGGGGCUUAAACAGUCACUUACAGGGGUACCUGGCUCCACAAGAGGGAAGGUGUAUCCUCUGGCCAGCCACCCACCCAACAUCCCUUUUGUCUCUGUUCCUAAAGUCCCUUGUAAAAGGGGUAGCUCCAGAGGGAGUCUUCCUCAAGAGUGGGUCGUUCAGACUAGCCCCGUCAAAGGAACCAUGAGGUCUGGCCAUUUGGCAAAAAAAAAGCCAGGAGAGUCAAUACCAUUAUGCUCUGAAAAAAAUCAAAUUGGCAACAAAACUACCCUUGGGUGGGGAAGCAGAGCUCCAGGCCCAGGAGAAGGGCUGGUGCAUGGUAAGCUGCCCACAGAGUACAAGAAAGUUCAGACUGUGCAGCCAGUACAGAAGCAGCUUGUGUCACGAAUUAACAACACCCACCAUAUUACAGAAUAUAAUCAGGACAGUGAGGGAAGCAUGCCUGCCAGGCCUGCCUCAGAAACCUGGACAAACAUCCCUCCACAUCAGAAGGACAGAGAGGAACAUUUGCGCUUUUAUCACCAGCAGUUCCAGCAGCCACCUCUCCUUCAACAAAAGUUAAAUUACCAACCACUGGAAAGGUUUUUAUGCCAGUACAGGCCCCCAGAGGGUCAGCUCCAGAAUGAGACUCCACCUCUGUUCCACUCUUAUUCUGAGAGCCAUGAUGGAGCCCAAGUUGAGGACCUUGAUGACAGUGAUUUCAGUGAAGAUUCUUUUUCACAUGUCUCCAAUCAGAGGGCCAAAAAGCAGGGGAACAACCGGGAGAAUGGUGAAGACUCAUUCUUCCUUCAUCAGAGGGGGAAGCAAGGUUCUGAGGAGCAGGCAGCGAAAAGGCAACAGAGCCUGUUUUCUAGCCAUCAGACAGAUGAUGAUGAGAAAGGUCUAACUGAAAGCUGGGUAUACUCCAGGGACCCUAUAAGCCACAGAAGAGCAGCACUCAAUCAUAGCUGCAGCCCAAGUAAUAUGCCGUUGGAUUGGAGCAGACAAGAGGACUCUACCUCCUCGGGGCUUUCUCCCACAGACAACCUGGCAGAGAAGCCCUACUGCUCACAGGUAGAUUUUAUAUACAACCAGAAAAGAGGUGGAGGCCUUGUCAUUGAUCUCAGACAGGAUGCUUUCAGAAGUGAGGUUCCUGGACAGACUGAGAGCAGCUUGCCCUCCCCAAAGGAAGAUCGUUUCACUUCCUCACUAUCUCACAUUGUAAUUCCUGGAUCCCCAAACCAAACAGACACAGUCACCACACCUUUGAAGGAAGUCUGUGAAGAUAGUCCAACUCAAGUGAUUAGAACAGUGAAAAACAGUGAUCCUUUCCAAGAAGACUCUAGAGGACAAUUAGGCAUGUGCUCUGAAUAUGCUUCUGGACUGAUGGCUCCCCUCACAGUGUCCCUCCUAGAGAACCGAGAUGAUGAGGGUUCUCCUCCCUUGGAGCAGCUGGCCCAGGAUAGAGCUAUGCAUAGUCCAGUGACAGAAAGCUCAGGGAGGCCUGUUGUAGACUACACAAUGUUAUCCGGUGAUCAAGAGGCAUACUUGCCAGUGUCUUUAGCAACUGGACACCUGUGGCUGUCCUCAUCUCCCCCUGACAAUAAGCCUGGAAGUGAUCUUCCAGCUCUGUCCCCAUCACCCAUCCGUCAGCACCCACCUGACAAGCUGCCCCACAGGGAGACUGACCUGGGAGAGGCCUGCCAGAGCAAAGAGACUGCACUCCUCUCCCAGGAAGAUGUGGGUGGUGAGCAAUAUGACGCUGAUGCUGAGGAGACAGAACAGGGCAGCUCCUGGGGUUUCCCAAGAAAGCUCUCCCCUACCAUACAUACUGGGAUGCCCCAUUCUGGACCUACACUUAUCCCACAAACAGGAAGCAGUGACCAAUCCUGGGUCCAGGGGAAGAAAAAUCCUACAAGGCUAAGUUGGCAGGAGUUUGAUUUGUCCUCCUACAGAGACAUCACAUGGCUCAAACACAGGCCAGUCUCAAGGUGCUUAGCAGGACUAGGCUCUCCCUUGAUCCACAGCUGCUCUCCCAAGACUGCAGGGAUACUCCAUCAGCUCACCCUAAAGCAAGCACAGCAGGUGGUCAUUCAAGCACACCAGGAACAGCUGGAUGAAAUGGCCGAGCUAGGCUUCAAGGAAGAGACCCUUAUGAGCCAGAUGGCUUCUAAUGAUUUUGAAGAUUUUGUGACCCAAUUGGAUGAGAUCAUGGUUCUGAAGUCCAAGUGCAUCCAGAGUCUUAGAAGCCAGCUCCAGCUGUACCUCACCUUCCACAGGCCAGAUGAAGUCCCUGAGAGGACAGUGGUGUCUUAGCACAAGAUCCUGUGUGGGUGGUGUGGGCAGUGCAAGAGCCUGUGCUGGGCUUUCAGGGGCUGGAGCCUCUGCUAGGUCUUCUUGUAUAUUACCAAAACCCUCUCUCUGCUCCUGCCCAUACUAGCCUGGUUCCAGCUUCUCCUUCAGGGCCAGGCUGAAGAACUUAAUGCCCCUCCCUUUUCUUUGGGACUAGAGUUUUUGUUUUACUGACCUGUUGUCUGGAACACAUUUGGGUCUAAUAACCCUGAAGAUGGGGUUAUCAAUAGUAACCUAAAGGUCAGAAGUCACAAACCAGGGAAGACAACCAGCUGAGCCCCAGGGGCUUUAUCAACUGAAUUCUGUACCUAUCUUGAAAGACUAAAACCUUGGCUACACCUAAAACAUUGGUACUAGUGGGGCAGUGGUGGGGUGAACUCUGCCCCCAUUAACCCUUGGAAACUGAUUUAGGGAUUUAGAUAGUUUUUGAAAAUGAUAGACCUUGACUUGCUGUGUCUUUCAUAGCAGCUGAUAUGGGACAGGCUUAGGGAGUUCUCCUCCCUUAGUGCAAUCCAAUUUUCAGACAAAAGGUGCUCAUGUCAUUGCAUUAUUUUCCCAUCCCUGAUUUUUGCUGGGGUGAUAAGCCUAUGUACAUGUACAAUGUUCAACAGCCCUCAUGCUUCUACAGCAGUUCCUGAGACUCCAUAUCCCUCACAGACUAGCUGACAAGCUAGAAUAUUUCAGACAAGUCUUCUAGUCUUGCCAUCAUCCAGGACACCCUGGCCAGCCACUCUCAAGGGCCUGUAUUGUAUCUUGCACAGACACUCAACAGUCUGAGUCCUCUGAAACAGAAUUUACACACACACACACAGCCUUUAUCUGAGUUUUGUUUGCUGUGUAUCUAAAAAGAUACAGGAAGCAUCCUCCAGAUCCACCUUGGGCUAAAUUAGAUUCUUGUGUCACAGUGUUGACCCUAAUGCAAAUUACCCUGUAAACUUUGGUUUCCUUCAGGUGAAAGAUGACUUUUUAAGGUUUAAAAAGAGGGAGUUUAAAUGGUUCUCAUGUGACUAUAGCAACCUGGCCAGGUCACCCUUUGUCAGCCUCUGGCAGUACCUCAUCUGACCACCAGAGGUCGUCCUUGUUCCAGAUUGGGGCUUCCUCACAUGAAAGAGACCCACACCAGCCAUCAAGCCAAGUGGGACAGGGGAGUAAUAUUCAAGUCUAAGGACAAUAAAUGUUAGGAAUGAAUCCAGUUUUAUCAGAUAUAACAGUACCUCUGAGAGCUGGCGAAACAGUUUGAAUUCAGCUCUGUGGUACAGAGCACAUAAACGUCUGCUACCCUGAAGAAAAGGGACUUAUUCAUUUCCUGGGUGAUUCCCCUGAAGGUCCAGCCUAUCCUACCCACCUCCAGAGUCAGUUUUGCUUGGCACAGAGACAGCUAAGGUUCAAACAGACAAAAAUCAGGGCCGACUAAAAUCCUACAGGGCUAGAAUGGGAAGAAAGUUCUAAAACAGAAAAUGGUUAAGUCCUGUUUCAUCUCCAACAAAUCUAAGCAGGAAAUUCCUUCAUACCCACCUACCCAAACCCCUCAGUAAAACAGCACUUGGCAAUAAAGCACAGCAGGACAUCUUUUAGAUUUUUAUUAGUAGUUCUCUCUGAAGAAUCAAAAUAGUUAGCAAAUUAUUUUAGAUUCAUCAAGACUGUAUAUCCUUUGUGUUUAGAUCUUUAAUGAUGUACAACAUAAUACAAAACAAAACAAAAAGACUGAUUUCUAUGACUAGGUGUUACUCAUUGUAUCAUCCUAAAGCAGUGGGCUGGAGGGAGAGGCUGUUCAAGGAGAACAGAGGUGGAGUUAGUGCUCGCCAAUGAAAUCACGACCUGUUUUCUGAUCCAUUCAACGUGCUGAGAAGGGACCAAUAAUUUCUUAAACUGACAACUGUUUCCUAGAGCAGGGACUCUAAAACCCUGGGUAGCAAAGGACUGUGGUCCAAACUAAGCCAAGAGAAACAGGCUGGAGCAGGAAGCAUGGUCAAUGCCUUGCAGAAGAGGCAAACUCUAGGUCCCGUAGGGAAAAGUGCAUUCUUUGCACCUCAGAGACUUUGCAGAACCAGUGUCAACACUAAGAGACUUUGUUAAAAGGAGGG